AUGGCUCGGCGACCAAGCGACAUGGGCGGCGGCGCGGACGAAGACGACGGUCGCGUUGGAGUAGAGGACCCUUACGCAGAACGCUCGUACACAGAGCUCAAAGUCCUCGGUGACGGUUCCUUUGGCACAGUCUGGCUUUGCGAUUGGCACUCGCCGGUCAAGUCGGACGUUCUGUUGUCCGCCAUGCAGUGCGGGCAAGGAGCGCGCGCGGAAUGGGCUGGCAAGCGUCUUGUCGCAUUGAAGCGCAUGAAGCGCGUAUGGGAAGGAGGAUGGCGUCAAGCGCGCAACCUCGGUGAAUUAGCUUCGUUGCGGAGCAUCCCUCCCCACCCAGCAGUCAUUCCGCUUUACGAUGCCUUCAUCUCCCCAAGGUCACGCGAGCUUUACUUCGUCUUCGAGUGCAUGGAGGGCAAUCUCUACCAGCUCACCAAAUCGCGUAAGGGACGACCGCUCGCAGCUGGCCUCAUCGCUAGCUGCUUCCACCAAAUGGUCUCAGGCCUGCAACACGUCCACCGGCACGGAUUCUUCCAUCGUGACAUGAAACCGGAGAACUUGCUCGUUACAACGACAGGCUUGUGCGAGUAUUUGUCGACCAAAGCCGUCGAGGAAAUAAACGCGCGUCGCGCGGCGGGCGACCCGGACUUCCAGCUCCAGAUCAUGGACGAGAAGGACCCGCGCAUCCAGAUGGACGUGCAGGUUAUCAUCAAGCUGGCCGACUUUGGUCUUGCUCGCGCGAUCAACUCGAAGCCUCCGUACACCGAGUACGUUUCCACGCGAUGGUAUCGUGCCCCCGAAGUCCUGUUGCGUGCCACCGACUACGGCGCACCAGUGGACAUGUGGGCUCUCGGCACCAUUCUGGCAGAGAUGAUAAACCUCAAGCCCCUCUUCCCCGGUUCGAGUGAGAUUGACCAGGUGUACCGCAUUUGCGAAGUCCUUGGAGAUCCUUCCCCCGAGUAUGGGCCGGACGCGAACGGGCGCAUCAAUGGCGGAGGUAGAUGGAACACGGGCAUCAAGCUCGCGAAACGUGUUGGGUUCUCAUUCCCCAAGCGCAAGCCACUGGAACUGAGAGCUCUGUUUCCGAAGGACACUCCGCGCUCGCUCAUCGACUGCGUUGCCAACCUCCUGCGAUACAAUCCCCGAUACCGCAUGACCUCGGACGACUGCAUGACCCACCUUUACUUUCGCGAGGUUCUGCCUCACCUUCAGCGUGUGCCGCCACUCCCGCGCAUUCCCUUUGCCUGGGGACAACCGUCGCCACGGCCCACGCCAAGUGCCCAACAGCCGCCAGUCACCAACCUCAAUGUUCCCAGCCGCCAUCCCCCACCGUCUCACUCGCACCACGAGCCCCACGGUGCCUUCGCAUCCGGCGAAUUGUGCACACUACCGCCUCCGUCGACCGUGGACACGCCUGUUGGAGAGCCGCUCACGCCAAACGGUCCGGUCUCGGGAACGUACUUUACGCAACCCUACCGCCAGGAUGCGGAGCAGAGGCCGUAUGGCGCCUCGGCGCUCGUCCGCCAGCUGCGCGAGCUCGACCUUCCCACAGACGACCUCGCGAGCUACGGCGCACGGCGAUGGUCAGAGGCAGAGCUUGUCGCAAGCCGUCAGCGGUACGCGAAUUCUGUGCACGCUGGUUCAGUUCAGUCGAUUCCUGACAGCGUGUCCAACCCUUCGUACAGCAACCUGAACUCGCUAUCCGCCAUAAGCCUCGACAUGAUGCAGCCCCACCAGCAGCAGCACCAUCACCAACGGACUCCGGACCCGCACGUCAUGGCUUAUGUCCGACAGCAGGCGGCUUACCAGCAGCAAAUGCAGCAGCCCGCUGUGUCACAGUCGACGCCUAACCUUGCUCCUACUGCGCCAGCUGCAGACCCGAACAGCCUGAGACAGGCCCAGUCUACCAUGACCCUACCUCUUCCCUCGGCCAACCACAUGCCCCCGCCGAACGCCCAUAUGGCCCCACCCUCCCAGGCCACCUCCAAGCUCGGUCCCCCUCCCCCCGCGCCAAUCGGGAAGAAGAAGAAGUGGGGGCUGUCGUCCGUCUUCGGGGGCGCUGCUGGGAAGAAUGGCACCACUUUGCCUUCGGUCGACGAGCAUGCCGCUGCAACUACUUCCCUUAAGCGCACGCAAUCUGGUCAGUACGCCGACGACCGCGUCACUCCCGGCGAGCAGUCACCAUCAGCCAUGGACCCCAAGUUGUCCAAGAAGGAGGCAGAACGGCAGUCGCGCGAGCUACUCAAGGCCAAGCGUGAGGCUGCUGAACGGGCUCAGAAGGAGAGGGCCCGCGCGGUCCUCAACAAGCGUGCCCAGUUGGUCGGAGGUCGGAAGGUCGAGAUGGAGUACUCGAACAUUGCGAGUGACAACAUUGGCUUGACCAAGCAGGUGUCGCGUCCAGUCGCUGGUUACCCGAGUGGUUACCCCUCGUCGCAGACACUGCCGUCGGGAUCUAUCACAUCGCUCGCAUCCUUCCCCGGAUCAGGCCAGUCUCCAUACCUCCAGGUUGAGGAUGGUAUGGGUCGCAACAAGGCCCGCAAGCAGUACGAGGAGGAUGAUCACAGCUCGAUAGGGCGCGUUUCGGCCAAGAGCCGCAGCCUUCUCAGUGUUGCCACGAUGGACAGCGACCCUACGGGUUCGCGUCGCAGCUUGCACAAUGUGUGGCCCGAGCAGGUGUCCCAGUCUUCGCGUAGACCGCCUUCAAACACGUACAGGCCGUCUAUGUCGCACUCGUCGGCAUCACUCGACAACCAGCUGUCAUCGCAGCUCCAACGCACCACCGUUCAGUCGGCAUCUGAGUCGUCUCUGUCUCUUGGUCGCAACCCCAUGCCACCCAAUCGCGCCUCAAUGUCUGGGCCUUCAAUCCAGAACAUGAACUUCCAACCCCAAGGCGCGUAUGCCUAUCCCGCGGGUCAUGCAAUGACCAUUGGCGCCAGCGCUAGCCGUCGCAGUAGUCGCGCCCAGCUUCCGAGCAUAGAGGAUGGGCCGUCAUCUCCCACACCUAUAAACCCCAUGUUCAAAGUUCCGCCUGGUGUGUCCCAGCCGCACCCUGGAGACGCGGGGGCCAAUGGUGGCCUGCCACCAUUCUCGUCGCUAAUCAACCUGACCAACCCGAAUAUCCAGAACCCCCCUCAGUAA